CAAUGAAUGAAGAGUUCCAGAUCUGUCUUUGCAUGGCCAACACAAUGCCAUCUAUGUUUCUUCUGCAUGAACCCCUCUCAUUGCCCUACAUGAACGAGAGGAACAGAGUUAUCGAUACUGACUCCCGCGUCGGACAGAGUAACACGGCGUCGAGAUGCGAGGACAGUUCAUUCCUGCAAUUCCCCGCAGUUCGUACGUAGAGCACAGCAUCACCAAAUACCCUAGCUAUCAUCGACACAAAAGCCCAGCCCCCUCAUUCUCUCCACCAUCCAACCUCCCCUCACCACCACUUUGCCCUCACGCGCCUUCUGGUAUCCCGUCGCCGAGAAGAACAACUGCAGCAGCAUCCUAUUCGGCGACUCAACUAUCAACUACCCGGCUCGCCGAUAAAACACUCACCGAAACUCCCAAAGGCCAGGGGUUCUCUCUUCCCUGGCAGGUCUCUGACGGCACAUCGCCGUUUGGUGACAACCUGUCCUUCAACUACCCGAUGCGCGAUCUCUUGAAGAAAGAACUGGUCGCGUUCACCAAGCUCACGUCGCCCCGUCUGGCCGACAUAGUGCUCCCAGUGAACACCAAGUCAGCUCUGAGUACCAGCAGCAAGACCACGACAAUUGAUGACUUGAUGACACAAUACUUCGAGUCUGUCGAUAUUACCCGAACAUUGUGGCGAAUGUCGUUUUGAGUAGUAUUGCUCUUGUUGUUGGUGUGAUAAGCCAAAAUAUGUAUGGUGACUUGUAGGUUUGAGGAGGAGAUUUCCAAGUUUGCUCUUGAGUUUGAUAGCAAACUGAGUGCAACGAAUGUCAGUAUGACAUGAUACCCCUCUUAAGGACGU